GACGGGACGAGGCGCGGCGCUGAGCCAUUGCUCGUGGGGACUCCUUGACGUCCUUGUAGGGUGUAUAGCUCCUCUCUUGCUUGCAACUCGAUUCAACAAAAUGCGUGAGUGCAUCAGCGUCCACAUCGGGCAGGCGGGCGUACAGAUGGGAAAUGCCUGCUGGGAGCUGUACUGCCUUGAACACGGCAUCCAGCCCGACGGCCAGAUGCCCUCAGACAAGACUAUUGGUGGCGGCGACGACUCCUUCAACACCUUCUUCAGUGAAACAUCAUCCGGAAAGCAUGUGCCGAGAGCAGUGUUUGUAGACUUGGAGCCUUCUGUCGUGGAUGAGGUGCGCACAGGGACUUACCGUCAGCUGUUCCACCCCGAGCAGCUUAUAACUGGGAAGGAAGACGCAGCCAACAAUUAUGCCCGUGGUCACUAUACAAUUGGAAAGGAGAUCGUUGACCUGGUGCUGGAUAGACUACGGAAAAUUGCAGACAUGUGUACCGGCCUUCAGGGAUUUUUGAUCUUUCAUUCCUUCGGUGGCGGGACGGGAUCAGGCUUCACCUCACUGCUCAUGGAACGUCUUUCUGUUGAUUAUGGCAAGAAGAGUAAGCUCGAAUUUUCCGUCUACCCGGCACCACAGGUUGCUACGGCAGUCGUGGAACCCUACAACUCCAUAUUAACUACCCACACUACCCUGGAACAUUCAGACUGUGCCUUCAUGGUAGACAACGAGGCCAUCUAUGAUAUCUGCCGAAGAAACCUCGAUAUUGAGCGUCCUUCCUACACCAACCUCAACCGCCUUAUUGGUCAAAUUGUCUCUUCCAUUACAGCCUCGCUCAGAUUUGACGGUGCCCUCAAUGUUGACCUCACAGAGUUCCAGACCAAUCUUGUGCCUUACCCACGUAUUCACUUCCCACUGGUGACAUAUGCUCCCGUCAUCUCGGCGGAGAAAGCCUAUCAUGAACAGCUUUCAGUCUCGGAAAUCACCAAUGCCUGCUUUGAACCAGCCAACCAGAUGGUGAAGUGUGACCCGCGUCAUGGAAAGUACAUGGCAUGUUGCUUGCUGUAUCGUGGAGAUGUGGUUCCCAAGGACGUUAAUGCGGCUAUCGCCACUAUCAAGACGAAGCGCACGAUUCAGUUUGUUGACUGGUGCCCAACAGGCUUUAAAGUGGGCAUCAACUACCAGCCUCCAACAAUCGUGCCUGGAGGAGACCUGGCCAAGGUGUCAAGAGCUGUCUGCAUGUUGUCCAACACCACUGCUAUUGCAGAAGCCUGGGCACGUCUAGAUCAUAAGUUUGAUCUUAUGUAUGCUAAGAGAGCUUUUGUACACUGGUACGUAGGUGAAGGCAUGGAGGAGGGAGAGUUUUCAGAGGCUCGGGAGGACCUGGCAGCCUUGGAGAAGGACUACGAGGAAGUUGGUGUGGAUUCUGCUGAUGGUGAUGGAGAGAUAGAAGGAGACGAGUACUAAGCAUAGUCAUCAAAAUUCCUCUUAAUGUUUUAAUUAACUGGAUAAUGACUUUUUAUAUCAUGCUCUUAUCACUUUAUUAAAGAGACAGUGCACACAAUUAAAAUGAUUUAAAAAAUUAGUUUUGAUAAGUGUUCAAUUUCAUUCUCUUAAGUCAUGUAUAAUUGUCUGGAGUCUUCCUGGUAGUUAACUUAAAUAAAGUAUAUUUCCUUGGGUAUUUGAAUAUGUAAAUGUGCUUUAUUAGGUGAAAUUUGAAAUAUAUGAUGGUACCUACAAA